CCCCAAUUCUUCCAUUCAUCCAAAUCACAACUUCCUCUCCCCCCCAAUCAAUCUUCUCUUCCUCUUCCUUUCAGUGUAGACAGGGAAGCUUUCACAAUGGCCGCUAGCAACUCUCUCGACCAUUUGAGCAACCGUAUGAAGCUGGAGUGGCACUCCAAGCUGAACACGGAGAUGGUGCCCGCGAAGAACUUCCGCCGCACCUCCAUCAUUGGCACCAUUGGCCCCAAGACCAACUCGGUGGAGAAGAUCAAUGCUCUCCGCAGAUCCGGUCUCAACGUUGUUCGCAUGAACUUCUCCCACGGUUCGUAUGAGUACCACCAGUCCGUUAUCGAUAACGCCCGUGAGGCCGCCAGAGUCCAGACCGGACGUCCCCUCGCCAUUGCUCUUGAUACCAAAGGACCUGAAAUCCGUACCGGAAACACCACCGAUGAUAAGGAUAUCCCCAUCAAGCCGGCCACGAGCUCAACAUCACCACUGAUGAGAAGUACGCUACUGCUAGCGACGACCAGAACAUGUGAGUCUUCAUCAGAUCCCAGAUCAAUCCAUAAAUGGCUUGGCAGAAGGCCCCGCUUUGUUGAGACUAACAAUGUAAUUGUUAGGUACCUCGACUACAAGAACAUCACCAAGGUGAUCGCUCCCGGAAAGCUCAUCUAUGUCGACGAUGGUAUCCUCUCCUUCCAGGUUUUGGAGGUCGUCGACGACAAGACCCUGCGCGUCAAGUGUCUUAACAAUGGCAACAUCUCCUCUCGCAAGGGUGUCAACCUGCCCGGCACCGAUGUUGACCUUCCUGCCCUUUCGGAGAAGGAUAUCAGUGAUCUGAAGUUCGGUGUCAAGAACGGCGUCGACAUGAUCUUUGCUUCGUUCAUUCGUCGGGGAAGUGACAUCCGCCACAUCCGUGACGUGUUGGGUGAAGAGGGUAGGGAGAUUCAGAUCAUCGCCAAGAUUGAGAACCAGCAGGGUGUCAACAACUUCGAUGAGAUUCUCGAGGAGACUGACGGUGUCAUGGUCGCCCGUGGUGAUCUUGGUAUCGAGAUCCCCGCCCCCAAGGUCUUCAUCGCUCAGAAGAUGAUGAUCGCCAAGUGUAACAUCAAGGGCAAGCCCGUCAUCUGUGCCACUCAGAUGCUCGAGUCUAUGACAUACAACCCUCGCCCCACUCGUGCCGAGGUGUCUGAUGUUGCCAACGCUGUUCUUGACGGAGCCGACUGUGUUAUGCUUUCUGGUGAGACCGCCAAGGGCUCAUACCCUUGCGAGGCUGUUAAGAUGAUGAGCGAGACCUGUUUGCUCGCCGAGGUUGCCAUUCCCCACUUCAAUGUCUUUGAUGAGUUGCGCAACCUCGCUCCCCGCCCCACUGAUACUGUGGAGUCCAUCGCCAUGCUGCCGUUAGCGCCAGUCUUGAGCUUAACGCCGGUGCCAUCGUUUGGUAACACUGCUCGUCUCCUUUCCAAGUACCGCCCUGUGUGCCCCAUCCUGAUGGUUACUCGUAACCCUAGAGCUUCGAGGUAUUCUCACCUCUACCGUGGUGUCUGGCCCUUCCUCUUCCCCGAGAACAAGCCCGACUUCAACGUCAAGAUCUGGCAGGAGGAUGUUGACCGCCGUCUCAAGUGGGCUAUCUCCCACGGUAUCAAGCUCGGUAUCAUCAACAAGGGAGACAACAUUGUCUGUGUCCAGGGUUGGCGCGGAGGCCAGGGCCACACCAACACCGUCCGUGUGGUCCCUGCUGAGGAGAACCUUGGUCUGAUUGAGUAAAUCCAGACAGCAGUAUCACCCUUGGUGCAUGACGUGGUAACGAACAGCAGCUGGGUAGGUAAAUAGCGACGAGGGUGUGUCCUCAAAGGUCGUAGACGGGUCUCGGCUAAGUAUGACGACCGGAAAGUUCCGCCCACUUCAAGUGAUCCCCUGAUCCCCGAAUCCUUCCUUGCGAGAUUCAUUAGUCGGGAGGGUGUAGCUUGGAGGCGGUGUCGGGUGAAUGGCCGUGGAGUGUGUGCUCUGGUCCGCCCAUUCGGUCUGGAAGCGCACGAGGAGACUCACCCUUCCGAACAUAAUCUGUAUUCAUCUUGAGUUGGCGUUAGUUAGCUGCCUGCUUUUUGGUGGUUUCUUGCUAUCCAAAGCUAGAUUAAUGAUCUUCAUGUUCACGUUCAUAAUGACCAGAUUCGUCAAUUGAGUUCGAGGAACCAUAGAA